ACAUUACUAAUCCUUUUGGAAAAGGGGCCUGGUACCUCUCAGCUUCGGGCUGAAUCCUCCUCACAAGCCUUAUAAAUAGAUUUUCUCAUGCCAUACAACAACCAAGAAAAACAACCCAUCAUGUUUUACCCCACUACAUCUUUGUCUUGAUCCUUUCUGAAUCUUCAUAUUGUAUUUUUCACAUUACUUUCCUAAACAGAAAACUCACUGAGAAGCCUGAAGAAUAAAAUCAUCCAAUUUCAGCAGAGAAAUGAUCUUAAUGUCUAAUCACAGGUUAAAACCUAUGUUUUAAAGAGAUGUAGUGAAUUGAUCAAGGUUUGAGGGUUAGGGAUGGGGUGAGCCCAUCCUGAUGUCUAGCAAGUGGUUCAAAGUUUAGUACAUGCAAAGGAAUUGUGUUAGUUUUAGAGUUGGCACACCAGUAAGAAGAGGUAUGCCUCAGGCUCGAAAACUGCUUCCUUAUUAGGUCCUGGUCUUUGACCUGAGUCAGUUAUAAAGGAAUACAUUUUGUACGCAGUUUUACUCAGAGGGAAGGCAUGGGCUCCUAGAGAUCAUAUCUGAUGCUCUUUCAUCAUUGGAAUACUUCAGAUCACUGCAUUUGGAGGUCUAUUUCUAAAUGACAGCAAAUUCUGGCCCUUCUGAAGAACCAGGCUUUCCUCAGCCCAGAAAAUAAAGACUAAGCUGAAAAGGUGUCCAUACUCCAAUUAUGAGCUCUACUGCUUGCAGUUUUUCAAAGGCCUGUGAAAGGUUUCCACAGUAAGCACUAGCCGAGCGACGCUAGGACCCAGAGACUGCGCGGUGGGCCAGCAGGAUUCGCUGUGUCUUUCUGGGCUCCGGCGCGGAGCGGCGAGGAGCCAGUUGUCUCACGACCCGGGUUCGCGGCCGGCAGGGGACAGUUACCUCAGCGACGCCGCGGACAUUCCGGCGCGCGGGCGGCGCAAGGCGUGUGUGGGCGUGUCCCUGUGGGACCGCGUUCCCGCCCCACCCCGGCUGGUCGGUUUCCCCCAGGCCCAGUUCCAAAGCCCGGGCCGGUUGGCCGGGCCCGCGUGCCCUCUGCGGGCUGCGCAGAGCGCGGGAGCGGGUCGGAGCUGGGAAUGCCGGGAGCCCCUCGGGUAGCCGCCGGCGCCGCCAACCACCGCGCCCGCCACUGCCUCCGCGUCCGUCUCCGGUGCGCGCCGCUGACGCCCAGAGAUGAAAUUCCCGGCCUCUGUGCUGGCGUCCGUGUUCCUGUUCGUGGCCGAGACGACGUGGGCGCUGUACCUGAGCAGCACCUACAGUUCGGGCGGGGACCGUAUGUGGCAGGCGCUGACACUGCUUUUCUCGCUGAUGCCCUGUGCUCUAGUGCAGCUCACGCUCGUCUUCGUGCACCGCGACCUCAGCCGGGAUCGCCCGCUUGUGCUGCUGUUGCACCUGCUACAACUCGGGCCCCUCUUCAGGUGUUUUGAAGCCUUCUGCAUCUACUGUCAGUCGAACCACAAUGAAGAACCUUAUGUCAGCAUCACUAAGAAGCGGCAGAUACCAAAAAAUGGCCUCUCAGAGGAGAUCGAGAAGGAGGUGGGCCAGGCAGAAGGCAAACUAUUCACCCACCGCUCUGCAUUCAGCCGGGCAUCAGUAAUCCAGGCUUUCUUGGGCUCAGCCCCGCAACUGACCCUGCAGCUGUAUAUAAGUGUCUUGCAGCAGCAGGUCACUUUGGGAAGAGGCUUCUUAAUGACCUUGUCCCUGUUGUCCAUUGUUUAUGGAGCCUUGCGCUGCAACAUCCUAGCCAUCAAAAUCAAGUACGAUGAGUAUGAAGUCAAAGUGAAGCCAUUGGCCUAUGUCUGUAUCUUCCUCUGGAGGAGCUUUGAGAUUGCUACUCGAGUCAUCGUCCUGGUCCUCUUUACCUCCAUCAUGAAGACCUGGGUGGUGGUUGUCAUUCUUGUCAACUUCUUCAGCUUCUUCUUGUAUCCCUGGAUCCUCUUCUGGUGCAGUGGCUCCCCAUUUCCUGAGAACAUAGAGAAGGCCCUCAGUCGGGUGGGCACUGCCAUUGUGCUGGGCUUCCUCACUUUACUGUAUGCUGGUAUCAACAUGUUCUGCUGGUCAGCUGUACAGCUGAAAAUCAACAACCCUGACCUCAUCAGCAAGUCCCAGAACUGGUACCGGCUACUGGUGUACUACAUGACAAGGUUCAUAGAGAAUGCCAUCCUCCUGCUCCUAUGGUAUCUAUUCAAGACUGACAUCUACAUGUAUGUGUGUGCGCCUCUGUUGAUUCUGCAGCUGCUUGUUGGGUACUGCACUGCUGUUCUCUUCAUGCUUGUGUUCUACCAGUUCUUUCACCCUUGCAAAAAGCUUUUCUCCUCCAGUGUUUCCGAAAGCUUUCAGACAUGGCUCGGGUGUUUCUGUUGGGCCUGCAGGCGGCAGAAAUCCUGUGAGUCAGGAAAGGCAGACCUAACAUCUUGCAGAGACCAAGAUGAGACACCUUCUACCAGUAAAAUAAGUCCUGAUCCCCCUCAGAUGAGUGCUAAUAAUCUGUGUUCUGUUUAAUGAGACCUGAGGUCUCUCAGGGCACAAGCAUGGUGUUUUCUGAGUUGAUACCUGUUCUUCAUACAAGUAAUGAGCCCUGCACAGGGAGCAAGGAGGAAAGUUAGCUGUCAACUCCUUGUCAGCUGCUGCUCUUUGUAGAGCUCAUGGGUGUGUGGUAACUAUGGGGAGAAGCCAGGGAGACCUGAGUGUUGAAGGGGCAGCCUAAGGCACCACAGUUCACAGGUGACCAUGUUAUGUUCUUCCAGGCCUUACUGGCUGGUUCAUUGACAAAGUGCCCCUGAAGUCUGAAUUGGGCUGGAUACAUGUAUCAGGUAGAAUGAGGAGAGAGGCCUGUUUUCUAGUUUUCUGGACUAUUGGUCUAGGUAGCUUGAUGAUUUAUUACCCCUCAACCAGGUUUUCACCCAAGAGCCAUCCUGAUGACCAGAGAAGGUAACUGGGGUUUUGUCAUCAGCAACAUCAUUCCUAUCAUACUUUACAGGGAGGGCUGUUCAAGUUCGGUUUUUGAAUAGAGAUGUGUUCCAUUUCAUCUCAUUGGGGCUUUUUGUACAUAACCAACUGUAGCCUCCAUGGCAUGCUCUCUGUAAUUGACUCAAGCGACUAGAUUUGGAAACUUUAUUCCCUAGGAUCCAUAGCUGCAAAAUUGAAUUCUAAAUUUGGUUAUGGAAGCCCUAGAAUUUUAGGAAAGUUGUUUUCCUUCCAUAUGUUGAAGAAAUUGUGUAUCGGGGGGUUGCUAAAACAUCAGAAUGAUGGAGGCUUGUAUAAGUAGAAUUCAUAUCCUCUUAGAAUUUUUAAAGGUAGGAAUCUGCUAGAAGGUAGGCUUCAACUUACUUAAAAUUCAGUUGUGUCCUACAGUUCUGGAGAAUUUAUAGUAGAAUUUCCUGGGAUUUACCUUUUUAAGAAAGAUGAAAAUAAAACUCAUGGUCUUAAUACCCACCCCCCUUCCCUGCCUGCCAAAAAAAUUGAAAUAAGAGUUAUCUCAAUUAAGUUUUUCUAGGAAAUCUUACAGAAGUCUCUCACCCGAUGCAAGUAUGUAGGGCAUUUUAAUUUUCAUUAUUUGAACAAAAAGGGUUUUUCUCACCAUAAACCCUAGUUAUUCAUUGACUUUUUAAAUUUUAGAAAGAGCUAAAGUGACCAGAUUUUUGUCUUUCAUGGAAUGCAUUUUGAUUUCACAUAAUUAUGAAUUAAUUUCAACAAAGUCCUCAGUUUUAUUCUCCUACACCAUUUUAUUUUCUGUAUAAUUUUUCCUUUGCUCUGAAAUUCUAUUUGUUUCAUUGAAGAAGAGUAGGUAGCAUAUUCUCAAUUGUCUUGGAAAAGUGCCUAGAACUUGUACCAUUUAUUUCUACCACUAAAAUCUGAAAUAGCCGGAAAUGAAAUACCUGGAAACAAAGAACCAUAAAGAUCACACUAAUUUAUUUUUUUUAAUUAAAUUCUUUUAUUGGUACAUUGUAGGUAUACAACACAAUUACAUUUCUCAUUGGGA